CACACACACACACACACACACACACACCUCACCUUGUUAUGAAAACAGCAGCUUGGUUUAAUGCUUAAACUUGCCCUCUGUACAUGCGCUCCAGGUACAAGUCUUCUUUGAGACAGGCGUUGUGCACAGAGAGAGUGAAACAUUGCAGGAAAUGUGCAGCCCGUGUCCUCUCUGACCGUGAAGACACACCCGUCCUGCUCUAAGGAUCGUGGGAAGCUGGGAGAAGCUUUAGAUUGGGAUUGGAGAGAGCAGCUCGAACACAGAGGAGCAUGAGGAGGUUUUUUCAAGCACACAGGGACGAAGACUUCAGUCAGAUCCAGUAUCUGACGGCCAAGUGCAACCGGCUGUCUCACUGACAAAGGAGCGCUGGACAGGGAGUGUCUGGUGUCCAGAAACAGGGAGCGGAAGCUGCAGAAUGAUCUGGAAGCUGCGACCGCUCGAGUCCACCACCAGGAGCAGCUGAACAUGGAGCUCAGGAUGAGAGAGGAACAACUCAUCAGCAGGAUCCACCAGCAGCAGGCCCUGGUGGACUUGCUGCAGCAGCGUGUGGUCCUGCUGGCGGAGGCGAGCUCCCGGGACGCGGAGCUGCUGCGGCAGGUUGGCUCAGAGCUGCUGUGCCUGCAGUGCUCCGAGGUGAAGCUGGAGGGCCUGGUGGAGGAGCUGCACUCUGAGGCCCAUCACAGAGUUGUGGUGGCGGAGAGAUUCCAGGCUGAGCUGCACGCUGAGGCCCAGCGCAGAGCUGCGCUGACGGACAGCCUGCAGGCAGAGCUCCGCAGUCACACCGUGGAGCUGGAGGAGCUACAAGACACCAACCGAACGUUGACAGAGAAGCUGGAGUCGUUACGCUCCGCUCAUCAGAAAGAGGUCAGAGAGCUGCAGCAGGAGAACGAGGGGAGUCUGAGGAAACUUCAGGCGACAGCGGAGCAGUUCGAGUGGCUCUGUCAGCAGCAGCGCUACUGGAUGUGUUGUGUGAAGAGAUUCAAAGACUGCCUGAUGGAGGAGAGAGACGCUUUGCUGCGACAGGUCAUCAUGUUGAAGAAGAAGGCCCAGAAACUGAAGAAGAGUUUAGACGAUGACGGUCCCACACAGAGCGUCCUCUGUCCCCUGCAGGACUCUAGCUGCUGUGACGGCAGUAUAACCUUGUGGGACGCCGUGGCUGACCUGGAGUCUCAGAUGGAGAAGUCAAACAUGCUGUACGCGGAGCUCUUUAACCAGGCCGGGAGCCCCAUCAACAGAUACCAAAAACCUCCUUGAGGACAGAAGCCUGGAGCCUGGACUCGUCUUCUUUUUCUCUUCCCACCUUCUGCAACCACUGGAUGUUUGUGUGCGUGGUUAGCUUUGUGGAAUACUUCCCAGUCAUUGUUGUAAAAAUCCCCCCAAAAACUUGGAAAAACACACACGUGAAACCAAACAUCUUCCACUAUUGUUCACCUGUCUUGAAAAGAAUCUGCUUCUUGAUAUACGACUGAAUUAAAACCCUGCCCAGUGUGCUGCGCUCCUCCUUCUGCUGUGACACAUCACAUGUGGCUAACGUUCCUAAAGUCACAUUUUCCUGUAAUUGUCCACUAUUCAAAGCUCGUAAUCAACACCACUAACAAGAGCACGAAGCACCUGAGAAUGUUCUUCUUCUGUUGCUUUGCCAAUGAUCGUCACAGGGGAGCAGCUGGUGUGCAGAGGAAACAACAAACGUGUUGUUUAGACCAAAAUGAAGCUCUAAUUGUUCCCCCACUGAGGAUCUGCUACAUCUCCGCUGAUGAUCAGAUCUCCUCACUUAUCGCUUGUCUGCAAGAAACUAAAGCGUAUGUGAGGUGAUAUGUAACGACUCCAUCAUAUGUGGACCACACCAUGCACACAUGAGAAGGCAACACACGCAGCACAUGUUUGGGGGAAUACUUUUGAAGCAUAUUAACUAAAUAUUACCUGCAUGAAACAGCCAUAGAGCUUCAGCAGGUAUUAAAGGGACAGUUCACCUUCUUACCUGUCGUGCUAUUUAUCAGAGAUUGUUUGUUUGCUUUCUC